AAUGAAAAUAGUGAACAACCAAUUUAUAUUGUUAGAAGAGAGCCAUGGAAUCAUUCCAGGUCCAUAUUGUAUUAACGAUUACGAUUUGCGAAUGCCAUUCCCGUGUGCUCGUAGUUUUGGUGGCAUUGAGACCUUCUUCUUCUUUCCAUAUUUGACGUUUGCAAUAAGACAAUAAAAAAAUACACUCACACUCUCACACGCGUUCGACAUUAUUUGUGAGUUUAGUGUGAAGAGACGGUGCAAAAGGCAGAAGGCAGAUCAGAUCCGCAUAUUUAUUGAUUGUUUGAAUGCCUCACAACUCGGCCCUCACUGGAAAAGCAGUAGAGCGUAAAUGUUUCGUCAGGCGAAGGACACGCGUAGACGAAUGAAAUUCCAAUAGGAGAGCGCAGAGCGUGUGUGAAAAAAGCACAGGCUCGAGAGCACGCUUCUGCGUUUACGUCGCGGGAUAUGGCGACACGUCAGGAUGACCGCGGCGAUGAGAUUGGUGGGGGCAGUGAGCCUGCCUCCUAUCAUAUUUUGCCGCACACGGAGGAGAUGGCGAAUUAUUUGGCCCAUCAACAACAGAAGCAGCAGCAGCAUCAAAACUUUCUGCUGCAUCAGCAACAUGGUCAGGGUCCCCCCGGACCCAUGAUGUGGACACCGCCGCCUCCGCACUUGGGUGGCCCGUUUCCACCGCAUCUGCAGCAACCACAGCCGCAGCCUCCUCAUGUGUAUAAUGAAUAUCUAUAUAACCUGGCGUAUUCUGGGCAGUCUGGACAGCCGGAGACCUACUCGGUCCUGCCCGUCGGGCAUGGGAACUUCCUCAAAGUCUAUCACUGUCCCGAGAAUCCGGUCAACGAUGGCACCGCUCCCCACUUCACGCAUAUCAACAUGGCAUCACUGAACCACCAGCAUCCACAUCACCAACCCCCGCCACCGACACCGCCCCAGCCGACGCCUCUUUAUGAACUUUUCGCCGCCGGUCCGCUGCUGCCGAAGCCUGAGAUGAAUAUUGUUGGGGCAUCGGCAACCCAGCCUCAACCAUCACAGCUCCAAGUCCAGCCCCAGCCGACCAAGACCCAUCCCCAUACCAAUCCACAAACACCGCCGCCCCCUCCUCCGCAAGUCCUCCAUCCUCCAAGUAGUGCAAAUCUGCUCAUCAACAAUCUGGUGAACAACUGGUCGCCGAACCUGACAGGAGGUAGCUACAUACAAUUCGGGGACGAGAUCAAUGAAAACGCCACCAGCCAGAUGGACCCGCCGCCGCUGCCUGCACACCAUCAGCAGCCACCGCAGGCGACGCAGCAGCAGCCCCCGCAGCAGCCGCUGGAGCAAUUGAGCAAGCCCGUAAGCCCAUUGCCUGUGACCGCAAAGACCGCCAAGUCCUUGAAAGUGCUGCCUUUGGCCACUGCCAGCAUCAGCAUCUCAUCAACUGGCAUCGCCAACAAGUCGCCUAUUGGGGUGGCUGGACAGCCCGAUGGCAAGAAGCGCAUUGUGGCCGAGGUUAAGCCGAUGUCCUACUCGGAUGUGCUGAGCAAGGGAACGCAGUCGAGCGGCUCAGGAGGCGAGACGCGUGCGCUGAACGGAUUGGACUAUGCCAGUCCGCAGCAGCAGCAGCAUCAGCGACGGCAGGGUAAAGAGGAAGGGGUCGGCGGUCGGGAGAUGCGGACAGCAAAACGUUCUCCACUGCAUGAUGCAAAGGACACGCCGCCUGUGCUGGCGCCGAGUGCUGGCCAUACGCAUGGCAGCCGUGGAAAGAAACGUGGACAAUCGAAUCACGCGGCACAGCUAAAGCAACAGCAGCAGCCACAGGCACAGCCACAGCCACAUCAGGCCGCAACGCUGCAGCCCGCUCAGAUCAAAACGAAUAAAGCCACUAAUCAGCAGGAGAAGAAGCGGCCCUUGCAGCCAAGGAGCAACGUUAGGGCUAAUGAGCAAAAGACAACCAACUCAUCGAUACCCGCCAGCAACGGCAACGGCAGCGUCCAGACCCACACAAACAACAGCAAUUCAACAACGAAUCCUGCCACCAAUCCAGGCCUUUCGUCCCGCAAGCCGAGCAGCAGCAAAGUCAACGCCAACGCCAAUGCAAAUCAGUCGAACUCCACUGCCUCAUCCACACCCAAUUCGGGCAGCAGCAGCAGCAACAGCAACAACACAAACAAUAACAAUGUUAGUUCCUCUUCGUCCAAACGAUAUUCCUCUUCGAAUAUGAAUCUGAACUCGAAUAACAGCUCUGGCUAUUCGUACUCCUCGAAGCGCAAUCGCAGCAACGCCGCCUACUCCUCCUCCUCCAACUCGCCCUCACAUGCCAGCAGCUUGUCCAGCAACAGGAACUAUGAGCUGGCGAAGCGGAUUCUGCACACCUGGUGGAUUUACACUCUGAAACUGCUCACCUGGCUGUUCUGCCUGGUCUACGACAUUGUUGUGCUGGGCUUCAGCAUGGCCUAUGAUCGGAUGGCAGUGGCUUAUGUGGCCGGGCUGGCUUAUGCGCGGCAGCUGCACAAGGAACUGAAGCAGAAUUCCGGCAAGCCGAGCAUCUGGUGGCGCAACUACUGGCGACGUUUCGAUGCCCGCUUCGCCAAGAACUCGCGUUGGGCCUUCUGGCGGCGAUUCUAUAAGCGGAAACCCCCUGAACCCACCUCAGAAUCGUUCAAGACGGGACGCCUGCCACAGACAGGCGAGGAAGCGAUGUACUCGCUGCUUAAUUGUAAAGGCAAAGAUGCAUACAGCAUAUUGGGAGUGCCGCCAGACAGCUCGCAGGAGCAGAUCCGCAAGCAUUACAAGAAAAUUGCGGUGCUGGUGCACCCGGACAAAAACAAACAGGCUGGCGCGGAGGAGGCCUUCAAGGUGCUGCAGCGGGCCUUUGAGUUGAUUGGGGAACCGGAGAACCGUCUCCUCUAUGACCAAAGCAUCGCCGAGACUCUGCACGCCGAGAAGGCCUGGACGGAGCUGCAUGAUCUGCUGUCGCAACUGCAAACCAAAAUGGCUGAGGCAGCCAACACUAUAAGAUGCAGCACCUGUGCCCAGCGCCAUCCUCGCAAGCUAACCGAACGUCCUCACUAUGCUGCGCGCGAAUGUGCCUCCUGUAAGAUACGUCACUCUGCCAAGGAUGGGGACAUCUGGGCCGAGACAAGCAUGAUGGGUCUGCGAUGGAAAUAUCUGGCUCUAAUGGAUGGCAAGGUGUACGACAUAACCGAGUGGGCCAACUGCCAAAAGGGAGCCCUGUCCCACUUGGAGCCAAAUUCGCAUAUGGUUCAGUAUCGCAUAGUUCGCGGUGCCCAGCAGCAGCCGCCGUCGCAACAGCCGCAGCCUCAUCACCAUCCACAGCAGCAGCAACAGCACCCGCACCCGCACCACGAUCGCGGUGCGCACCAUCCUGGCGGUGGCGUCAGCGGCGUUAGCGAGGCCACGCUGCACGAGUUCUUGGACAAUUUGUACAGCGGCCAGCAUCCGGGUGCGCCCAAUGCCUUUGCGGGCAACGCACGGCGUCGGGCGCGUCGCAACUGAGUAGUUGGCGCCGCAUAGUCCAAAGUGUUUUUAAAAUCUCCAAUCAAAAAUUAUAAUCCAUGCCCAUGCGUGUCCAUCGGCGGCAGCGUGGUUUUUACUCACUUUUACACCUAUGCGUCGGCAGCAGCAGAAGCACCAAAA